CAAUUCGAUCCGUGGUGUGAAAAUAGCUCACUUGAGGGACGACAGGAUGGCGUUCUCGGUCGUCGCCAAGCGCUUCCUCAAUGUGUGGAACUUCCUCGUGCUCGCACUGGGUGUUGCUGUCCUCAUUGUCACGCUCUACGCGCUCACGUGCCAAAGCGACACGCGCGCGGUGCCGUCGCUCGGCUACGUCGCGUCCGCAGUCUGCGCCGGCCUCCUCGUUCUCCUUGCGGGCCUCGGGCUCUACGGCCUGCGCCAGCACCGCCACUGCGUCACGACCGGACAGCGCAACGUUGCCCUCGGCAGUUAUGUGCUCUUGGGCUUUGGCGCCGGCGUCGUCUUGACGCUGGCCGGUAUCAUCGGCCUCACGCUCAACAGCGCCAUCAUUGACGCACGCGCCAACAACUUUAGCGAUGUACGCGUCGCCUACCUCGAAGAAGCCAUGAUCGCGAACCUGCAUGCGUACGCGUCGGUGACGCCGACCGGGUGGCAAGAGAUGCAAAACGCGUGGUUCUGCUGCGGCUACUACAACGUCUCGACGAUCCAAGUGCACAUUGGCCUCGAUGACGCGGCCCACGCGCGGAGCCUCAACCAGGUCGCGGGUAUCUACUGCGGCACGACCAACUGCACAGCUGGCGCGUCGCCGUGUCCGCAGCGCAACCAAGUGUGGUGCCGGGACGUCUUUCUGCAAAAUGCAGCGACCAACAAUGUCUACAUUGGCUGGACGUCCCUCGCUGCCGGCGUGGCCCAGCUCUUUGGGUUUGUCCUUGGCGUGCACAUCCUCCUCUGCGAUGUCCGAAUGCUCCAGCAACGAUCGUCGCGCAUGCUUGCGGCGUUGAUGAAGGCGUAGCACCCUUGCAUUUAUAUAAACAUAUAUAGUUCUUGUCGACCGUGC